AUGAAAACCAUAGUAUCAUCUCAAAAGGUCAUAAUUCCUGAAGGAGUUAACGUUGCAAUAAAUUCGAGGAAGAUAACAGUAACAGGAAAGUAUGGCACUCUAAAGAGAAGUUUUAGACAUUUACCCAUAGAUGUUCGAUUGAAUAAGUUAAAGAAGUAUAUAAAAGUGGUUAUGUGGUUUGGUGUACCAGAUAGUUUAGCAUGUAUUAGAACAGUAUGUACCCAUUUAAAGAAUAUGUUUACUGGAGUUACUAAAAAGUUUUUAUAUAAAAUGAGACUCGUUCAUGCUCACUUUCCAAUCAAUUCAAAUAUUGUUGACAAUAACAAAUUAAUUGAAAUAAGAAAUUAUUUAGGAGAGAAGAGAGUUAGAUUUGUUAAAGCCUUGCCAGGAGUACUUAUAGAAAAAUCUCCAAAUGUAAAAGAUGAAAUAUAUGUAAGUGGUGCCGAUAUUGAAAAUGUAUCUUUAACCGCAGCCUUAAUACAUCAAUCGGUUUUAUGCAGAAAUAAAGAUAUUCGUAAAUUUCUUGAUGGUAUUUAUGUGUCCGAGGUCACUACAGUUGAGAAGGAUGAAUAG